CAGUGAAAUUGACCGUAAAAAGUCUUGUGCAGGACCAGCCGCACCGCAGUACACCAACUCUCUCUCUCUCUCUCUCUCUCUCUCUCUCUCUCUCUCUCUCUUCCGGUUCCUGUUCAUCUUUUGAUAAUCCGGGUUUACUGUCCGUUAAAUUGAUUGGAUUUGGGCUCCUUGUUAAUACGAGAAAUUUCUUGUGGGGUUUAGGGUUAGGGUUUUUGUACAAUAGCCCAGAAAUGCAGCAACCACCGCAGAUGCUUCCUUCGUUCCCCCCUCUCACCACCGACCAGAUUCAAAAGCAACCACAACAGAUGCUUCCUUCGUUUCCCCCUCUCACCACCGACCAGAUUCAAAAGUAUCUUGAAGAGAACAAGAAAUUGAUUUUGGCAAUUUUGGAGAACCAAAACCUUGGAAAGCUUGCCGAAUGCGCCCAGUACCAGGCUCAACUUCAAAAGAAUUUGAUGUAUUUAGCUGCAAUUGCUGAUGCCCAGCCACAGGCACCGACAAUGCCUGCCCAGGUUCCUCCCCAGAUGGCUCCACAUCCUGCAAUGCAAGCAGGAGGGUUUUAUAUGCCGCACCCGCAAGCAGCAGCUAUGGGUCAGCAAUCAGGGUUAUUUCCCCAGAGGCCUCCGUUGCAAUUCAAUAGCCCACACCAAUUGCAAGAACACCUGCAGCAACAGCAACAGCACCAGCACCAGCAGCAGCAGCAGCAGCUACACCAACACCACCAGCAAGCCAUGCAAGGGCAAAUGGGUAUGAGAUCCGGAGGAGCCAACAAUGGCAUGCACCCACCGCACGCUGAGGCCGCUCAUGGGGGUGUUAGCGGUGGAGUACCGCCACCGAGUGAUGCACGUGGAGGAAGCAAGCAAGAUGCCUCUGAAGCUAGGACACCUGGCACUCGUGGCCCAGGGAGCUCAGGUGCUGGGCAUGGUGGUGGUGGUGAUGGAGACUUAUCCCACACAAAGGGUACAGAUGAGGCCAAGUGACACAGUGCCGGGACUGGGUCCCCUUGUGACUGUCGAUAGUAGGUAUCUCCUAACAAAAGAAUGGUAUUUGUUGGUGGGCUUGUUACCUUGAACAAGAAAUAGACUUCUUGUUUCUCCUUAGUUUCCCAGAACAGUUAGGUUUGUUGUGUUACAUGUCCUUGCAAUCAGAAUGAAGAGACUUAGCGAAUACAGGUUUUUAGAUGAGGGAUUGAAAGUUACCAGCUUGUCCGCAUCUUUAUGUAAUGGCUUCCGAUGAUGCUGGGUGCUGAGAGGUGACUCCACCCAUUUGUAGUGUUAGUUAUGGUCUAAAUAUGUCCUAGAUUGAUGUUAUGAUUGCUCAGUUACCGUUAUGCUUUGAUAUUGUGCAAAUGGAACUAAGUGAACGGUUUUAUUUUGAAAA